UCUGCACGCGAUUCAACUUUUUCCCAGAAUGGACCAAUUCAUCACGUGAUAUCGGUAUGGUUUCUCGAAAUGGUUCGAUGAUGAAAGACAUAAACAACUGCAGCAGCUAGAAUUCGGGGAUAAAUUCCAUUUUGAACUAAAGAUCAGCGGUUGAAUCUUGACCUUGCGCGUGAAAGCUUGUAAUUAUUUUGUCUUUUUACUCCGGAAUCAGUACCUCAGAAUGGAACCAUUGCUUAUUGAUGAAGAUCAGCAACAGAAGACUAAAAGGGGUCGGGGAACAGCUGCACACUGGAAGAUCGCUUGUUUGCUCACCAUGGCUGUCUUGCUGGCCCUGUUAUUGAUAUUUAUUACGCUGUCUGUAUCAGGACGAAGGCUAUGCGGGGCACAGAAAGAAAAGAUGGACUCAAUGUACAAAGCCUUUGAAGCAUUGUCCAAACGUCUUGACUCACUGGACGUAAAUAUCGGAAGAAAACUGGAUUUAGUAAAUGUCCAUGUUAAGAACGCAUCUCAGAGGACAACUGCUUUGGAAAUGCAAGAUAACCAGGACUCAAUGUUCAAAGCCAUUGAAGCUUUGUCCAAACGCUUCGACUCCCUGGACGCAAAUAUCGAACGAAAAUUGGAUUUAGUAAACGUGAAUGUUAAGAACAUGUCUGAAAGGACGACUGCUUUGGAAAUGAACGGAAGACUGGCUCCAAUUCACAAAACAAUCGAGGCGUGGUACACAAGUCCUCACUCGUUUAACAAAAGUGUCGUAAGGAAACUGGAUGUCGUGAUUAAGUCAAUCGAAGAGCUCUCUUUGCAAUUUAAGAACACAUCUGAAACGAUAAAGGCAUUGGUCAUGCAAAUCAGGAAAAUUUGUCCUUUGUUGAAAAACCUGAAGAAUGGUUUUUCACACAGUCAGAAAAACUGCACGGGGGAGUCUAUUUCAUUCAGUUGUAACUGUGGUUACUGGUUGAAUGGACCCUCAGAGCGUCUCUACCUGGUCAACGGUUCAUGGACGGGAGUGCAGCCAACUUGUGAAUUUAUCAGCCCAAACUACUCUUUGUUAUUUCCAUAUAAGAGUGAAAAUGAUUACGUAAUCAUCACGCAUAGAAUGCCAAGCCUUACAGCUGUGACAGUUUGUAUGUGGAUAAAGACUAAUGCUACAGGAAAUAGAGGAACACUUCUUAGCUAUGCUGUGAGUGGAGAAGAUAACGAACUGCUCUUAUUAAGGCCCAGAGAUUUUGUGUUCAGCUUACGAUCAGUUUGGAGUAGUCCCACCAAUGUAUCUGCCAACGAUGGAAAGUGGCAUCACAUUUGCUUCGCAUGGGAGAAUACUGCUGGAUCGUGGAAAUUGUUCAAGGAUGGUUCAUUGGGGGCUAGUGGUAGAGGAUUAGCAAAAGGCCGAUUGAUCCGCGGAGGUGGACACCUUGUACUUGGACAGGAUCAAGACAAAUUGGGAGGAGGCUUUGAAGAAUAUCAAAGUUUCAUUGGUGAAAUGGCAGAUGUCAAUAUCUGGAAUCACGUGAUUUCAGACCAAGAAAUCAGGCGCAUGUCCAAGUCGUGCUUGACAGGGACGGGAAAUUUGUUUCAGUGGAGCGACUUCAAAUAUCACCGAAUGGGCUCAGUGCAGAUAGUUCAGCCUUCUUGCUUAAAUUAAAAUGCGUAAUGCUUUACUGAA